CAAUAAAGUGUUGCAAUUAAACAUCACUCAUAAAUAUUAAAAAAAGGAGUAAAUAAAGAAAAGAUGCUUUUUCUUCCCCCUAUAAAUAGCCACACUGAACAUCUCAAAAGAGAAGUAAAAGCAGAGCACCAUUUUCUUAGAGUUUAUUACGUUUCUGUAUAUCUCAAAACACUUCUCAGAAUGUCUCCUGCCCCACUUUCGGUAGGCCACAUUGAUGAUGUCCAAGAACUGAGAAAGAACAAAUCAUCACUGAUUCCUGAAAGGUUCAUUAGGGACAGUGUGGAGAGGCCAUCUCUUGACAAGGCCAUGCCAUAUUCAUCAUCUGAUGGAAUUCCCAUCAUCGAUUUAUCGAAACUUUCUGGAGGAACUGAAGAUGAGUUCAGGUCUGAGACACUGAAGCUCAUGGCUUCCUGCAAGGAUUGGGGGUUUUUCCAGGUGAUCAACCAUGGAAUUGAGUUAGAGCUGCUGGAGAAAAUAGAGAAGGUAGCCAUGGAAUUCUUCAUGAUGCCAUUAGAGGAGAAGCAGAAGUAUCCGAUGCUUCCAGGGACUGUCCAGGGAUACGGACAAGCUUUCGUAUUCUCGGAAGAUCAGAAGUUAGAUUGGUGCAACAUGUUUGCACUUGCGCUGGAGCCGCAGUAUAUGAGGAACCUGAAACUAUGGCCAACAAAACCGAAUGAUUUCAGCCAAACUGUGGAGAUGUACUCAAGAGAAGUGAGGAAACUGUGCAAGAAUCUGCUUAAGUACAUAGCCAUCACUCUAAGCUUACAUGAGGAUGUUUUCGAGGACAUGUUUGGUGUAGCUGUCCAGGCUGUAAGAAUGAACUAUUAUCCUGCUUGUCCGAGACCAGACCUGGUUUUCGGGCUAAGUCCUCAUUCUGAUGGAAGUGCCCUAACAGUUCUACAGCAGGGAAAGGGGAAUUCAGUUGGGCUUCAGAUUCUAAAAGACAGGACAUGGAUACCAGUCCAGCCAAUCCCUAAUGCUCUUGUCAUCAACAUUGGAGACACCAUAGAGGUUCUAACAAAUGGAAGGUACAAGAGUGUGGAGCAUAGAGCAGUCACUCACAAGGAAAAAGAUAGGCUGUCAAUUGUCACUUUCUAUGCACCGAGUUAUGAAAUCGAACUCGGGCCAAUGGAAGAAUUUGUGAAUGACAAGAAUCCAAGCAAGUUUAGAAGAUACAAUCAUGGAGAGUACAGCAAACACUAUGUCACCAACAAGCUUCAGGGAAAGAAAACACUUGAAUUUGCCAAAAUCAAGAACUGAGAUCCAAAAAUGAAGUUAUCUAGAGGGAGACUGUGUGAGUGACUGCCUAAUCCCAAAAUUAACAGUAAGAAAAAGACUUAAAAACCAAAAAUCUGUAACAGAGUUUCAGAAAUAAAGUGUGAUAGUAAAUCAAGUUUCUUGGGGGUUCAAUAAUUAAUGGAAGCAUGUGGGGACA